AUGGAGGACCCUGCUCUUUCCUGGGAUACAGAAAAUCCUCGGCUUACAUUAUGUUUUGAGAAGACAGCUCUGGUGUGGGGUCCAUGUCUACUGCUCUGGCUGCUCACACCUCUCGAACUGUAUUUUAUAUUCCACAACAAGUGUAGAGAUGUGCCUUGGGGAUUUAAAAACAUAACCAAAGUGUUUUUCAACCUGAUACUCAUCAUUCUAAAUAUUAUGAGCUUGGUGUGGUCACUGACCCUGAGUAUGGCAGGAGAAAAGGUUUACCCUGUUGAUCUGUGGACUCCUGCUGUAACUACUGUUACUUUUAUAUUGGCUUUGGGACUUCUGAUUUUGGACCUGCAGAGAGGACUUCAGUCAUCAGGAGUUCUGUUCUUGUUUUGGGUGAGUCUCAGUGCAGCUGGCAUUGCACAGUUCUUCACUGAAAUUGGAAAAUUAAAUCAUUAUACUUCAGAGGAAGGGCUGCUGAAAAGGGGUGAAUCAGCGAUGCUUGUCUUGGGGCUUGGCACUCAGGAGAGCCCAAGGCUGUGA